UCCCUCUCCCCAUUUGGUUAAGCAAAAGACAGAGGGUUUUGCUUGCUUGUGCUGUUGAAUCGAGAUCUACAGGCAGCUGAUCUCAGCAGUCUCGACAGCGUAUGCGCUGCAUCGGCCUCGUUUAUUUGCGAAAAGGCGCUUUCGAGUCUCGACACGCCAUGAAAUGCAGCUGAGCAAGAAACAUUAGGGUGUUUCUUCAACUGUACAUACGCUUUCGUGUCGAGGUUACCAUUCUGAGCAGUACCGCCCUCUGUCCUGUGCCGUAACCCUUCGAUCGUCAUCUCUAGAGUCGUUUUCCACCCACACAACCUACUCAUCAUGCCAUCGAGUUCGAACAGACACGAAGAGAAGCACUCGCUUCUCAAGGAUGAGGCCGAGGACGAUUCCUGCCAAGAAGGCUCCUCUAGGGCACCAUCGGUCGACCAGGAGUCCGGGGCCGUCAACGUAAAGAAAAACCUGUUGUGGCGAUCCAUCGACCCGGCCUGGAAGUCGUGGUCCCUCGUCGUCCCGCCCGUCCUCGUUUACCUCAUCCUCUCCUACCUCGCCUUCUUCCCCUCGUGCGAGACAUGCCCGAAGGAGAUGGACAUGUCGGGCUACGUCUGCGCCCCGAACGGCGCCCUACCCCAGAUCGCCCGCGAGCGGAACUGCGAGUUCGACACCAUGUCGUUCAAGUGGUGGCCCAAGGAGCCGACGAUGCACAAGGACAACGUCGCCCUGGUCAACGAGUUCCACGCCGAAGGGCCCUGGCACCGGUACUACGACAAGGGCGGCAAGCACGAGAUACCGCCCACGACCGAGGUCUUGACCGCCGGCUGGGUGUCGAGGAGGGAGCACACCUUCCACUGCAUGUACACCUUGCGGCAGACGCAUCUCUGGAUCACCCUGGGCUACGACCCGCCCUUCAACUACACCCACACCAUCCACUGCACCAAGUACCUUAUGGACACCAUUCUGGAGAACCCGCCAAAGGACUUUGAUGAGUUGAAUGUACACGGAACGCCGUGGCCAGAGCAUCCAGCCAUUGUUAAGCCUUACUAUCCCUGCAAACAAGAAGGCCUCAGCUGCGAAUCCUGGUGAUUGUCAAGAGUUAAAAGUGCUGGUUUUUGAGGGUUCUACGUCACUACUAGUUUGGGGGGUCUAGAUAGACAGUCCUCGUCUGCUUUUAACCUAACGCACCGCAUAUGUUCUGUGGAGUGUGACCUAAUGCCAGUCUAUCUAUUAUCACAUGAAAUAGUAGGCCUCAAAUUCUGAAGAAAUUGAACCUU